CGCAACCCUCUUGGUUAUGGUUGUAAGUGUAAAGUGCAUCACAAAGUGAAUGAUACUGACAACAAUUUAGGGGCUGGUGAUAAGUUUCCAUUUGUUGGUUUUGAAUCUUACACGGAUCCUGACUUGUAUGCAACAGAAAAGGAACUUUAUCUUGCUUCUCUAUGUGAAGUGAAUGAAUCCACGAAACCAUGGCAAUUUUGGAUGAUCAUGUUAAAAAAUGGUAACUUUGACAAAAACACAACACUUUGCCCAGAGAAUGGAAGGAAAGUAAGUAAAAUAAUUACAGGCAGAAAUUUUCCAUGCUUUGGUGAAGGGUGUAUGAACCAGCCACUUGUUUAUCAUAAUUACUCGAGACUGGUUUCUUCUGGGGAGGAAAACGAUUCUUUAAUUGGAGAAUUCUAUGGAACAUAUGACCUUGAUGCUAACUUGAGCAAAGGUGUGGGGAACAACUCAUUCUUUUCAGUCUCAUGGCACAAGAAUAUAAGCACCGGAAGUUGGAUUUUCUCCCACAGGCUGACAACUUCAGCCAAGUAUCCUUGGCUUAUGUUGUAUCUGCGUGCAGAUGCAACAGAAGGAUUUAAUGGUGGUUAUCACUAUAAUGGACGUGGCAUCAUGCAUAAGUUACCAGAGUCCCCAAAUUUCUGGGUGAAACUGACACUUGAUAUCAAACAUGGAGGAGGAUCCAACAGUCAAUUUUAUCUGGUUGAUAUUGGAAGCUGUUGGAAGAACAAUGGAGAACCAUGCGAUGGUGAUGUUCUAACAGAUGUAACUAGAUAUAGUGAGAUGAUAAUUAAUCCAGCAACCACAAGCUGGUGCCGCCCAGAUAAUCUGGUUUCUUGCCCACCUUACCAUAUCAGUCCUACUGGAGAGAUAAUCUAUAGAAAUGACACAAAACAUUUUCCAUAUUCUGCUUAUCAUCUCUAUUGUAGCCCAGGAAAUGCUAAAUAUUUUGAGAAGCCAUAUGAUAUUUGUGACCCCUAUAGCAAUCCACAAGCGCAAGAGUUAGUUCAAAUUCUUCCACAUCCUGAAUGGGCUAUACAUGGCUAUCCUGAAAAGAAAGGAGAUGGAUGGAUUGGGGAUUCUAGAACUUGGGAGCUUGAUGUGGGUGCCCUCUCAAGUCGGUUAUACUUCUACCAGGAUCCAGGAACAAAGCCAGCACGGCGAAUAUGGUCUUCAAUCAAUGUUGGUACUGAGAUAUAUGUCAGUCAAGCUGGAGAGACUGCAGAAUGGACUGUUAGUGACUUUGAUGUGCUUGUUUCUGGAGAAGCUACUCCUAAAGGUAAAGGCUCAUACUAAUUCUCCAGCAUUGCUUGCACUCAUAUGGGGGCAAACCAAGAGAUAAAAUACAGUUUAACCCAGCAAUUAGCUAAAAAAAAAAAAAUAGUGUAAUUAGUAGUUAAUGUUUGAAUGUAAUAAAAAAGAGUUUGCGAAGAAAGAAAAAUGCAGUUACCUGCUGUAGAAAUUAUGCUUUUUAUCCUUGAACAUCUUUGUUGUAUAUAUGAUUGAAGCAUAUUAAUUAAGAAAAAAAUAUUGCAAUUCCAAUAUACUCUUGCAGAAUUCAGGUAAGGACCCUUUCUGGGAAUAAUUGACCUAAGUUGAUAUUUUUCUUUUGAAUUUCUUGGACUUGUUUUCUUUGGUUUUUAUUUUUAUAUUACCUUGCUUUUCAUGGUUACACAGCAGGGGAUAACUUUUCUCUCAUCAGUUUAGUGCUCUUCACCCAUAUGCUGUGUGACUGGAACCAGAUCUCAUUUACAUAAGGAAAUUAACGAUAUGCUACUGU